CUCGUCCGGCUCCCAUCCUACUUCCUCAACCCCGGAGCUCAGUGCAGCUUGGGUGGGUCUCGACAGCGGCGGUGGUAGUGACAGUGGCGGAGACCCAGCCGGAAAUCGCGAUGGCGAUGUCAGACAGUGGGGCGAGCCGUCUGAGGCGGCAACUGGAGUCGGGGGGCUUUGAGGCCCAGUUGUACGUGAAGCAGCUUUCUCAGCAGUCAGACGGGGACCGGGACCUCCAGGAGCACCGACAGCGCAUCCAGGCGCUGGCCGAGGAGACGGCGCAGAACCUAAAACGUAACGUCUACCAGAACUACCGGCAGUUCAUAGAGACGGCCCGCGAGAUCUCCUACCUGGAGAGCGAGAUGUACCAGCUCAGCCACCUGCUGACUGAGCAGAAGAGCAGCCUGGAGAGCAUCCCGCUUACCCUGCUGCCCGCCGCCGCCGCUGCCGCCGGGGCCGCUGCUGCCUCAGGCGGGGAGGAGGGAGGAGGCGGUCCGGGGGGCCGAGACCACCUCCGAGGCCAGGUUGGCUUUUUCCCCACCCCCGGGGGCGCCUCCCGCGACAGUUCUGGUCCGGGUGAGGAAGGAAAGUAUCGCACUCUCACCACCCUGCUUGAGAAGGUGGAAGGCUGCAGGCAUCUGCUGGAGACGCCGGGAAAGUACCUGGUGUACAACGGGGACCUAGUGGAAUACGAGGCGGACCACAUGGCCCAGUUGCAGCGGGUGCACGGCUUUCUUAUGAACGACAGUUUGUUGGUGGCCACCUGGUUGCCGCAGAGGAGAGGUAUGUAUCGUUACGAUGCUCUCUAUCCUCUAGAUCGUUUGGCAGUGAUCAAUGUCAAGGACAACCCGCCCAUGAAGGACAUGUUCAAACUGCUAAUGUUCCCUGAGAGCCGUAUUUUUCAGGCAGAAAAUGCUAAAAUCAAACGAGAAUGGCUGGAAGUGCUAGAAGAAACCAAGAGAGCCCUCAGUGAAAAAAGACGAAGGGAUCAGGAGGAAGCAGCGGCGCCUCGAGGGCCACCACAAGUGACUUCCAAGCCCAGUAACCCUUUCGAAGAUGAAGAAGAAAAAGAACCAGCUGUUCCUGAGGUAGAGGAAGAGACGGUGGACCUCUCGAUGGAAUGGAUCCAGGAGUUACCUGAAGACCUGGAUGUGUGUAUUGCCCAGAGGGACUUCGAAGGGGCUGUUGACCUACUGGAUAAACUGAACAUUUACCUGGAAGAUAAGCCCAGUCCACCUCCUGUAAAAGAACUAAGGGCCAAAGUGGAUGAGCGUGUUCGACAGCUCACUGAGGUACUAAUGUUCGAACUCUCCCCAGGUCGUUCCCUGAGAGGUGGUCCCAAGGCUACUCGCAGGGCAGUUUCUCAACUAAUCCGGCUGGGCCAGUGCACUAAGGCUUGUGAGCUGUUUUUGAGAAACAGGGCAGCAGCUGUUCAUACUGCAAUCCGUCAGCUUCGCAUUGAAGGUGCCACUUUACUCUAUAUUCAUAAACUGUGCCAUGUAUUCUUUACCAGUCUUCUCGAAACUGCGAGAGAAUUUGAGAUAGAUUUUGCAGGCACUGACAGCGGCUGCUACUCUGCCUUUGUGGUCUGGGCAAGAUCAGCCAUGGCCAUGUUUGUGGAUGCUUUUAGCAAGCAGGUGUUUGACAGUAAGGAGAGCCUUUCCACAGCAGCUGAGUGUGUAAAAGUGGCUAAAGAGCAUUGCCAGCAACUGGGUGAUAUUGGACUAGACCUCACCUUCAUCAUCCAUGCCCUUCUGGUGAAAGACAUCCAAGGGGCCUUGCACAGUUACAAAGAAAUCAUCAUUGAAGCCACUAAGCACCGAAACUCAGAAGAGAUGUGGAGGAGGAUGAACUUGAUGACUCCAGAAGCCCUGGGUAAGCUCAAAGAAGAGAUGAAAAGCUGUGGAGUAAGUACCUUUGAGCAGUACACAGGGGAUGACUGCUGGGUGAACCUAAGCUAUACAGUGGUUGCUUUCACCAAACAGACCAUGGGCUUCUUGGAAGAGGCGCUAAAGCUGUAUUUCCCCGAGUUGCACAUGGUACUUCUGGAGAGCCUGGUGGAAAUCAUUUUGGUUGCUGUCCAGCAUGUGGAUUAUAGUCUUCGGUGUGAGCAGGAUCCAGAGAAGAAGUCUUUUAUCAGACAGAAUGCAUCCUUUUUAUAUGAAACAGUCCUCCCUGUGGUGGAGAAAAGGUUUGAGGAAGGUGUGGGGAAGCCUGCCAAGCAACUCCAAGACCUGAGAAAUGCAUCUAGACUUAUUCGUGUGAAUCCUGAAAGUACAACAUCAGUGGUCUGAUUAUUUGGGUCUGUUUGUGUGUGUGUAUGUAUUCCUUAUAUAUUAUUUAUAUUUAUAUUACGUUGCAUUAGCU